GGGCACUGUACCAAGAUGGCGGCGCUUUAGACACGUCCCCCACAGUCAAUGCGACGUCUACGUAUAUGCCUAUGGGUUAGCCUACUUCAGAACCACGGACAGCAACAGCACAGAGCAGUGUUUUCUUUUUUUCUCUCUUUUUUCUUUCUUUUUUUGAGAAAGCUGACGGUAGGGAAUUCAAUUCAAUUCAAGCUUACAUAUAUUUUUUAAAUGUAAAGGGUGACUGCAUUGGGUUUAAAGGCAACCCCAAUUUUGCUUUCCUGCCGCUUAAAAUCCCACUAAGAAUGUUUCUGGCUCCCUAUGUGCGGAGGGUUUUACAGUCGCGAUAUCCAGAGUAGUAGAGCAUAGGUAAAUCUAUCACAUGACUGCUGCGGUCGCUCUGUGCUCCGCGUCUCUCCCCGAGCAGAAGGCUCCUUGUAAACACGCUGAUCGCAGGGCUUUGUCUCUCUGUCUCCCUCACACGCUCACACACGCCGCUGGUAUCUCCUCCUUCUAGUCAUGCCAUGGAUAUUUUGUGGCAAUACCAGUUCCGAAUCAUCCUACUCGGGGAUUCCACGGUGGGGAAGUCGUCGCUGCUGAAGCGUUUCACGGACGGGAUUUACAGCGAUGUGGCGGAUCCCACGGUCGGGGUGGAUUUCUACGCCCGCUCGCUUGACAUCGAGCCCGGGGUGAAGAUAAAGCUCCAGCUUUGGGACACGGCCGGCCAGGAACGAUUCAGGUCCAUCACAACAUCAUACUACCGCAACUCCGUCGGGGGGCUGUUAGUCUUUGAUCUGACCAACCGCAAGACAUUUGACCAUGUGAGGGAGUGGCACAAGGAGGUGAGUGAGCACAUCCUGCCUCACCACAUGGUCUAUAUCCUCAUCGGCCACAAGAGCGACCUCAACAAGGACCGCAAGGUGACCCGGGACGAGGCGGAGCAGCUCGCGGCCGAGCUGGGCAUCCGCUACGUGGAGACGUCGGCCAAGUGCAACAGCAACGUGGACCGGGCCUUCGAGCUGCUGACCAGAGACAUCUACGAGCUGAUGAAGAUGGGGGAGAUCGUCACCCGUGACGGCUGGGACGGUGUGAAGAGCGGCCUCACCGCCAAGGUGCUCUACCCGGAGGAAGAGGAAAUAGCUGCAACGUCCGCUGAGAAGGGCUGCCACUGCUGACUGAGAACUCUUUGUGUCAAAACACUCUCCCAUCGCACCAGGAGCUCACCUCGUCUCACAGCUGUCCGUCAAAACCGAAUCACUGCGGCUCAGCACUCCCGUGACGCCGCCAUCUAUCACCUCCUCACCUUGUGCUUCAUGCCCUCUGUGUGUGUGGGGGUUCUCCAGACAGCUGGGAUCGCUUUCUAACAGGGUUCUUGUGUAUAUUCCAGUGUGUCGGUGUGGUCAGGUCUAGGGGCUUAAGUGUGACUCAUGCCUCUGCAGGACUAGACGUACGCACGUAGCCUACACCGGUGCGAACCAUUUAUACUCGUGCCCUCGUCAGUCUGUCUCGCUCUGUAAAAACCCCACCCAAGCGCUAGUCGGCCCUGUGUCUUGUUAGUCGGGUUAAUUUUUGUUUCCACUUCCUGCUUCACUCUCAACAACAGUGAACAAAACUUCCACCGAAAUUUUGCGACAAGUCGUACAAAAGGUUGUACCUUUGAACCUCCUCAGUCAGUCCUUCUUCGAUGCAUUCCAUCUUUGAUCCAACAUAAUCGAUUUGAAAAUUGCGGAGACAGAAAAGCAGACGUAAAUACUAAAGCGGAAAUAUGCUACUGCCGAGCGGACCAAUCGCAGCUCUUGCAGACUGUGUUGUCAUGAUGCAUAGUUACAAUUCUGAGGUGGUGCACAUCAGGCUACGGAGUUGGGGUCUGUGUAGGGUCUGCGCUGUCGCUGUAGCUACGGCGUCAAACUGACGUAGAAGCAUAAACCGCCUAUCAUACCUGAGACACAGUGCUGGAGGUAAUGGACUACUGAUAAGAAAACAGUCAGAUCGUCUCUGUGCUCUAUUUCACGUGGCACCAUCGUGGGUUUCUACCCGUCAAACUUCGUUGAUGCUUUGCCUGCAAUCUUCCGUGACUAAUAUUGUAAAUAAUAGUGAAAUCUAUGGAGAUGAAAGAGAAAGAGAAACGAAAGUGUCUCUGAUAGCUUUUUAAUUGAUAGUGUGAACAGAUAUAGUACCCUGGAACAAGCGUCACCAUAUUAAAUCGAUGUGCUCCUCCUGCUACUGUAAGCUGCAAACUGACGUAAACCUUUAUCAUUCUGUGAAUAUAUGAGUAAUGUUUUUGUAAAAAAAGAUAGAGAUUAUUUGUAGUUGAGGCGUACACAUGAAGAUAGAUCAUUGUUAUUAGGGUAGGCGGUCCCAUUUAGGUAUUUAGCAUGAACAGCAGCUAGAAGUGUAAUGGAGACUCAUCUCAUCAGUCAUCAGUCCUUUAACAGUGACGGAAAGGGCAGUUUGAGGUUUGCCUGCAGCUUUUUUUACGUUCAGCGUUCAAUUGAGACCUGUGGGUUGAAGAAUACCUUCUCAUUAAAUCCACCGGUGCUUUAUGAUGUGUUUUAGGACGAGCCUCUAAACCAUUUAUGUUUUUACUAAUCCACAGUCCCGUUCAGGAGUUUUCCCCCCUCUCACUCCUCGUAUUUCCUGUCAUAUAUUUUUUGGCGUAGAAGUAAUUUUUAGCAGAUCCUCGAAAGCAUCGUUAUAUAGUAUUAUCUUAUGUGUAACCGUUUUACCAAACAAGUUCGUUCACUUCCCAGCAAAUACCAAGAAGUGGAAGAGAAUCCUGGCCGGGAACUUUAGCUGCUGUGGAUGUUGUUGCCAGAUUAACUGAUUUAAACCUCACAAACAUCUCAAACACUCAUUGGGCCCUGCCCCGAGAAAUCACAUGUUCACCAGACAAUGGUUAUUCCUGCCCUCGAAGCAAAGUUGAGUAAGUAAAUUAAGAAUGAGCAACCUGAGCAUGACGAGCAUAUGCUGGUAGCCUACUUUUGACAUCCGCUAUCAUGUAAACUACAGCUUUCGCUUUCUCUAACUGCAAAGUGUAUUUAAAAUAUGAAAUAAGUUGCUGCAGAGCAGUCCUCAUUUCACUUAGGUCGCCUUUCCCCAUUCGGUCACUUGAGAUGAGGUGGAGUUCACAAUAAUCUUAAUAACAUCCUGUUGUAAGUGAUGAUGAUGUGAUUUUUUUGAACCAAAAAAUUGUGUCUGAGUUUAGAGGAAAGAAUAUAACCCAAAUUCAGAACUGGUUAGGGUUCUGCAUAAUUCCUGCAGUCUUAGCCCACCUUUAAAUGUGAAGAACUUUAUCAAAGAGCAGUGACCCGUGACCUUCCCAUUAAAACUGAAGGCAGCUCACCUGGUUCCUUCUGUAGUUAGAAAACACAGCUAAAAUGCAUUCAUUCCGGAGAGAAAAGUCGUGUAGUUUUUAAUGUUACUGACACAAAAUAUAAGUAAUUUUGAUAAUUCAGUUGUUGUCACAAAUAAAACAAAUAAGCUACAUUGUGUUUCUUAAGUUUUAGAUGUGUGUGCAAUUAGGGUUAGGGUAAUUUUCAGUAUGCUCUAGCUCAUGCCCAUGUUUUCACUCUCAUAAAGAAAGCUGCUUUCCAUCCACCUAAAUACCGUUCCCAAGGGUAACGCUACACUUAAAGUGGCUGUAACUCUACUCAUCAUGUGCGCAUACCGUUGCUGGGACUCUUAGGGACUUGACUAACUUGUUAAGCUUUUAAUACCUGCUGUAACGGAGCCAGAGUGGAUGUAAAUGUGAAAGUUGGUCAACUUCCUGCUCCUGAUCAUCGAGCUGCGUUUACACACUCGCGAAUGCACGUCCGCACACAUGACUUCCAAACAUGGCUACCUUUGACGCAGAUUAUCACGAAUCCGUUCAAGUCUCCAGAGGCUUAUAGCUGUAGAUCCGCUCACUCACCUUUCACCAGCAUCUCAACAAAAAAACCUCUCACUCUCUCCACACACACACUCGCGCUAUUAUCAGCAAGAGAUUAUGCAUUCAGCGGUUUCUAUUUUGUGUUAAUGUGACCCACCUAACAGUUUUUAAGUUGUGUGUAUAUGUAUAGUAUAUUUUCCAUCAUGUGACUGCAGUUUUGUGUUUGGUAAGGAAUGUAUUCUAAUGCAUUUGCACCAUCCCUUUAUUUCUGCACAGAUUCAACCUGAACUGCUCACAGUUUAAGCGUACUACUGUAUAUACACCAUAUGUUUUUUAGUCUGACAAUCAGAUGUUGGUAUUUCAUGUUCUCACUGCACUCUGAGCGCCUUGUCAGAGGGGUGCUGCUCCUUGAAAUCUUGCUAAAUGCCCUUUGACCAUUCGACACUCGGCCUGACUAUGUCUGUACUACUGACUUUCUCGCUUUUGCUCUCCUCCAAACAGGGUGAAAUUGUAUAAUAAUGUACGUUAAUACUGUGUUGUUAACAAAUCAUUCGUUUCUCAAGUGAGCAUGAAUCCCAUUCCUGAGGACUCCAUAAGAAGAUGGGCAAGCUCAUUUAGUCUGAAGGACAACACUGCGUAAAGAAGCGAAAGAAGGAGCAUUUUCAAAGAAUUUAUCGAGAAGAAUAGACGUGUUACUAGAUGCCUCUAUAUGCGUCAAUGAGGAACAGCUAAUAAUUUAAGAAUUGCAUUUGCAUUGCAACUUUCAGUCAAAGUCUAGCCUCUCUUACUGUCUUAUAGAGAAGCCAUUACAAGAGGAAUAUGCUUAUUUGCUUUCUUUCCAAAUGUGAGAUGAGAAGAUUGGUACCACGCGUGUCUGUGUCCUAAGUACUGAAUUGAGAACUGAAUCCAGAGGGACAUUAACCAGGCUUAGCAUAAAGCCUGGAAGCAGGGGAAAGCAUCUACCUGAGCUCCGUUUCAAUUUCAAAAUGCGCUGAGUGAUCCUAUCCUAAAAGGCAAAUAGCAUGAACUGAGGAGUUUUAGGCUGCACUCUGUUACGAUCCAAAGAGCACAGGGGAACAGAUUCCAAGUCAGACACAUGGCAUCGAUAUCAAUCAUCUAAUCUCACUCUCAAUAGAAAGCAAUAACAAAUUGACAAACAAGGGUGAACCAUGUCUUUAUUAAUGCAUUUCUAUGUUCCCCUGUGAACUGAUCAAAACAACGUGCUGAUAGGGCUUCUGUACUAGAAAAGAUGGCCAGCUCUUAGGCUUGCAAAAUGGUACUUGGCACAAAACGGUAUACACAAAUUGGCCACAUCUCACAUCAUCAUUGAAUAAAUGUUAUUUAUUUUAUAUACUAUGUAUAAGGGAUUUGCCUUUAAUUUGAUGUGAUUUUACUGUUUGGUUAAAUAAAUAAAUAAAUAAAUAGAUGUCCAAU